AUGUCUCAACAGCAACAAAAGCCCAAGGUCACCUCGUCGACCGACCCCGCCCUCCGACCGCUCCACGAAGGUCUCUUCGACGCCGGGCUGGCCAUGCGCCGGGCCGUCGUCGGCGACGUCUACGUCGACCGGGCCCUCGCCAACGGCAGCACCGAGUUCUCCCGCCCCGGCCAGGAGCUGGUGACCGAGUGGUGCUGGGGGUACGCCUGGACGCGCCCGGGCCUGGCCCGCCGCGACCGCUCCCUCCUCAACCUGGGCAUGCUGAUGGCCCUCAACCGGGCGCCCGAGCUGGCCGUCCACGUCCGCGGGGCCCGCCGCAACGGCCUGUCCGAGACCGAGAUCAGGGAGGCCAUCCUCCACGCCACCACCUACUGCGGCGUCCCCGCCGGCGUGGACGCCAUGAAGAUUGCCGAGAGGGUCAUGAACGAGAUGGCCGAGGCCGGUGAGAUGCCCAGGGAGUUGGGUGAGAAGAGCAAGGACGCUUAGAGAGGGGGAGGGAGAGAGAGAGAGAGGGACGAUAUAUCAAUAAAAAUCUCAAGACGUG